UCGUGCCACCACGAAAAUCAUCUGCAGUGAGCCCUCGAGGCUGUAGUAGAAAGGAUCGCUACACGCUUGCAGUGCGUCAUAAUUUGUAAAUUAUUGAAAAUAAAAGUUGCAAUCGUUAAAGCAAAUUUAAAAACGAGCCGGUCGUCGACUUUUAACAGUUCGCUCGCAGUGCGUAUAAAAGUCCAGAAUUCACGGAUAUCGAGAUUCCCGUUAGUUAUUUUGUGACACAUAAAAGUAAAUCCAAAGACUUUAAAAGUGCAAAGGUGCUCGAGGGUGGAAUUAUUAGUGUCUCUGUGUUCCAAGAGUAGAGCAAGUUCCAACGCCAGCGAUACGAAAACUACGCACCGAGGCGGAGUAAUAUGAGUAAUGCACCCAACCAAAAUGGAUCAGGUCUAGAGCAGCAAUUAGCUGGUCUGGACUUGCAGGGCUCCCACCAACCGAGUGGGGGUCGCUACGUCCCACCGCAUCUUCGCAACAAGUCUGCUAAUUCUAGUAGCUCGUACGCAGAUACUCCACCACCACCACCUCCUUCAUCGCGCUAUUCUGAACGCGACAGAGGUGGAGAUCGUGAUCGUGACCGCGGCCGCGGUGGCGUAGACUCACGCUUCCGGCGCAACGACGUGGACUUCGGUAACUUCGGAGGUCACAACAGGCGCCAGGAUAAUGGCCGUGACUAUCAGUACGGGCGCGACCGAGAUGGUGGCCGUGACAACCGCCCGGUCAACGACAGAUGGCAAGAACAGCCGAGGAACGAUCGCAUGGGCAGUAGCGGUGGCGGCGGCAGCGGUGGCGGUGGCGGCGGCGGUGGCAGAUAUAAUGACGAUAACAGACGUGGCGGCGGUGGCAAAGAGAUCGAUUGGACUAUACCGACCGCCAGAGACGAGAGGCUCGAGCUGGAGUUGUUCGGGGAGAAGCUCACCGGUAUCAAUUUUGACAAAUACGACGAUAUCCCGGUUGAGGCAUCCGGCGACAACAUACCUGAGCACAUCACAUCCUUUGAAGACGUUCAGCUGACGGAGAUAAUCAGGAACAGUAUCAAUCUCGCUGGCUAUAGCAAGCCAACGCCAGUACAGAAGUACGCGAUUCCGAUUAUCAUGGGCCGGCGUGACUUGAUGGCAUGCGCCCAAACAGGAUCUGGUAAAACUGCGGCUUUCCUCGUGCCGAUUUUGAAUCAGAUCUAUGAGAGUGGACCUCGUCCACCACCAAACGUGGCCGGACGACGCAAGCAGUACCCGCUGGGUCUGGUGCUGGCACCCACCCGUGAGCUUGCCACUCAGAUCUACGACGAGGCGCGUAAGUUUGCCUACAGAUCGAGUAUGCGCCCAUCCGUCGUUUACGGUGGGUCUAACGUUUCUGAGCAGAUGCGUGACCUCGAACGCGGAUGUCACUUGCUCGUUGCUACUCCAGGUCGGUUGGCUGACAUGCUGAGUAGAGGCAGGAUCGGCUUACACAAUUGUCGUUACUUGGUACUUGAUGAAGCUGAUCGUAUGCUUGAUAUGGGCUUUGAGCCACAAAUUCGACGCAUUGUCGAGGGUGAAAACAUGCCUCCAACUGGCGAAAGACAAACUCUUAUGUUCUCCGCCACUUUCCCCAAAGAAAUCCAGAUUUUGGCCAGAGAUUUCUUGAGCAAUUACAUUUUCUUAGCCGUUGGCAGAGUUGGAUCUACCUCAGAAAAUAUCACCCAAAAGAUUGUUUGGGUUGAUGAGAAUGAAAAGCGAUCUUAUCUUCUUGAUUUGCUGCAAGCUAAUGAUUUUAGAGAAACAAACGCCGAGUCUUUGACAUUGGUAUUCGUGGAGACCAAGAAGGGAGCUGAUAUGUUGGAAGAGUUCCUCCAUAAUCUUCACUUCCCUGUUGCCAGCAUUCAUGGUGACAGAUCACAAUACGAACGUGAAGAAGCACUGCGUAGUUUUCGUGCUGGUCAUACACCAAUUUUGGUUGCCACUGCUGUUGCUGCUCGUGGUUUAGACAUCCCUCAUGUUACCCAUGUCAUUAACUUUGAUCUUCCCAGCGACGUCGAGGAAUACGUCCAUCGAAUCGGUCGUACCGGACGUAUGGGAAAUACAGGCGUAGCUACAUCUUUCUUUAAUAACAAGAAUACCAAUUUGGUGCGUGACUUGGUAAACUUACUCUCCGAAGCGAAUCAAGAGCUCCCGAAUUGGUUAGACAAUAUGUACUCCUCUGAUCUGAAGUACGGUGGAGGCAGGCGUCCACCUCCCAAGAGUGGUCGCUUCGGUAGUAGCUUUGGUGCCCGUGAUUGCCGUCAAUCUGGGGGUGGAGGCGGACCUCCUAACCGCAGUAACGCGUUCUCUCGUCCCAGUGGUGGAUAUGGAGGCAAUUAUGGAGGACAUAGUUCUUACAAUUCCAACAGCAAUGGUAAUAGCAAUGGUGGUCCUGACUGGUGGUAAUCAUCUGGCAGAUACAUGAAUAAUUAGCUAAGCACACCGUCGUCACCACGCUAUUAUUAUUAUUACUAAACUCUACAUGCAAAUUCAAUUAAACGUAAGGAAAGUCACGCGAGGCAAACAAAAAGCUACAUCGACACCAGCCGUUUCAGUCUAUUUGCGCGAGCGCAUUACGACAAACGCAAAAUUAACAAAAUGGUACGAGCAUUAACACAAUAUUUACACGGAUACAAAAUAUGAACACGCGCGAAUGACAGUAACGUAAGCAUUGCGAGACAUUUUCAAGUAGUAUAUCGCUAUCGAAACUGCCACAGUACGCUUUCUUAAUGUGCAAUGCUGGCAGCGUGAAGAAAAAAAAAAAAAAAAAAACUUAAAUCGCCUUAGAAUUCCUUAAAUAUAAAGAUAGUGAAGUAACAGCGCAAGCUACGAGAUUACGCUGAUGGGGGUCCCAACCCUUGUAAAGACAAGAAACGUCUCGUUGCGCUGACCAGCGCACGUGUUAGCUGAAUCAAUAUUAAUUAAAUCUUCUUUUGUUUCUUUUUUUUUUUAUCGUACCAGAAUUUUGAGUAGCGGCGUUUCAUUACGUUUAUUAUUAUUUUUUUUUUUUCUUGGGUGUAAAAAAACUAAGAAUUGGUCUUAAAAAACUUUUAUCAAUUGCUGGAUAUUUGUUUUGAGAUUAUUCGCAGCAUGUACGGCUCGUCGUGACUUUAGUUUUUCUUUUCUUAUUUUUUAGAGAUAAAAAUUUCCGCUCAUCACCGAGCACUCAAAAAGUUCGUGAAUAUGAUUCUUUCUUAAACUUAGUUAAAAAUUAUCAUAGACAAAUGGUACUUUUGUCCUUUGCCGUCCCGAAAGAUUUAAAGAGACAUGAAAUUAAUACGAAGAUCCAGUUGCGCGGAAGCGCUACGGGGUAAGUUUGAGAAAGAAACGAAACCUCGGCGACCGCGCUAUUACUUACUUCAGAUUCGCAUAUACAAUUAACAUGAACAAUAUCGUCAAUAAAAAUGUCCCAAGGCAUAAUACGACAUGUGGAAAAUAAAAUAACUGGAGAACGCGCGUCUUUCAGGUUAAAAAGAGUCGAAUGUAUUUAUCUUUUUUUUUCUACUACUAUAAUUAUAAUAUUUUCCUCUUCGCAAACAACGAGCAGCUGAUGUAUAUGUCGAGCUUGACAUUCGUUGAUUUCGCGAGACGCGAGACUUGGAUCUCAGUCACAAAAAAAGUGUGCGUAAACACUAUAGACAAAUUAAAAAUGUAAGAGAGUGACAAAUAGAAGAUGAAAAAUACCACCUACGAUUGGUGUGUUUCGCGAUUUAUCUCUCUAUACAUACGUGUAAAAUCGUCGUUUGCGGUUAGAGGGCAUGUAUACCCAUACACAAAAAACAUCCCACAAGUAAUUAUUUUUUUUUUUUAGUCUAUUACAAGUGGGAAAGAAACGUGGUUUGAUUUAGCAAAUUGUCAAAUACAAAAAAAAAAAAAUAACGAUAGUUUAAGUAAGGUUGCAGUUACAGGAGCAGUUUACGUACUGGGAGGGAGGAAAAGAGUAGGAGAUUGGGAAAAAAAAAACAAAGUGAGCAUGCGAGUCUUGAAGUGCAAGCAUCUAAAUGAAUGAGUGAAUGGUAACUUACGAUUGAUUAAUUUUUGCGGCUCGUCGCAAGUAUAAAUAAAAAAUAACAAA